AUGCUUCAGAGAUCGGGGUGAAACUUGAAGUUUGUGAGGGCCCUUUGUGGAUCCGUCUUUCGAAGUGGGCUACAAGUGCCGACCGCCUCGCGAGCGCAACCAACAGUCACGGUCUGGGCCCCCUAACCAAAACAGCAUGCCGCGGUCGCUGACUUCGCGUCCGGCCGACCUGGCUUAUGUCGUCUUCCUCGUGCUGCACCUCUUCGCAAGCCUUCUUAUCGACGGCCAAGCCUUCUAUCCAGCUUCUUUGGUGCCACAGGCGCUCAAAUCUGUGCGCUCAGAUUACCUGCGGGAUAGCAGAGACCCGCUGCUGGGCAAUGCGUUGCAUCCGCGAUACGCAUGGUUUACGCUAUGUCUCGUUGCCGAGAUGGUCGUGCAGGUGCCGGCUUUCAUAGCCGGCGCCUAUGGGCUCAUCCGCGAUGAUGCACGCUUUUACCCCAUCAUCAUAGCAUAUGCAUCCUGGGCCACGCUCUCUACAGCUGAGUGCAUGGUAACGGUGCUUUUCGGUGAUGAGCGCAAACAGCUGUCGCAUGACAACUUGCGCUUCCUGCUAUCAUCCUACGGACCUUUCACAAUCAUACCUGCCAUCAUGCUGGUCGACUUUAUCAUUCGCACGUCCAGUAUUCUGGGGAGCACACAGGUGGCAGAGAAAAACAAGAUGGUCUUGAAACAGAAAUUGGGAGAAUCGAGAAAGUUGUCCAAUUAGAGGGAUUUGGUUUGUUUUGACAUUUCUUCCGGGAUUUAUAUCAAGCGGCUCCUAUAUUUUGAAGGCCCCGGAAUGAAGCUUUAGGAUCGCGCGGGAAUAUGCUUUUUCCCCUGUAACAGUAACUGGUUAUGUGCCACGCACACGUG